AUAUUCAUACUCAUAAUCUCUUCAACACUUCACAUUUCCAACCAUUUUUAAAUUCUCCACAUUUUCCUCUCCUCCUUCUUCUCUCAAACUUGAGUUGCCUGAAGCAUUGUCCAAUCCAAGCAUGUCCAGCAAAUGACAGACCAAAAGCCAAGUGCAUGUCACACAUGUGGCAAACACAACAGCACUCAACAAUACUCAACUACAUCACCAUUUUCAUUUCACUAUCAUAAUAUAAAGUGUCAGUGAAGAGAAACAGAAACUAACUAACCAAUCAUCAUGGCUUCGCUAUUAAUGCCCGGUGAUGAUCUGGCCAUUUCAGCCAGUAGUCGCCGGAGCUGGACUUCCACGCCGAGCUUCCGGGAUGUCUGGACGGCGCCUCCGGAUGUGUUUAACCGGAGCGACCGCCACACGCAGGAGGACGACGAGUACCACCUCACUUGGGCCGCCAUUGAUCGCUUACCGACGUUCGAGCGCAUGAGGAAAGGAGUGGUGAAGCACGUGCUGGAAAAUGGAAAGGUUGUGCAUGAUGAGGUUGAUGUUGCUAAGCUUGGCUUACAUGACAAGAAGAUUCUCUUGGAAAGCAUUCUCAAGACUGUGGAGGAAGAUAAUGAGAAGUUUCUCCGGAGACUUAGAGAUAGACAAGAUAGGGUGGGGAUUGAAAUUCCAAAAAUUGAAGUCCGGUUUGAGAAUUUAUCUGCAGAUGGAGAUGUCUAUGUUGGGAGCAGAGCUCUUCCUACUCUGCUUAAUGUUACUUUAAACGCUUUUGAGAGUGUUCUGGGGUUGUUUCACCUUGCACCGUCCAGGAAGAGGGAGAUUCAGAUUCUCAAAGAUGUUAGCGGAAUAAUCAAACCUUCAAGGAUGACUCUCCUUCUGGGUCCUCCAGGUUCUGGGAAAACAACAUUGCUUCUGGCACUUUCAGGAAAACUUGAUCCUAGUUUGAGGGUCUCUGGGAAAGUUACUUACUGUGGACAUGAGAUGAAUGAAUUUGUGGCUCGGAAAACCUGUACCUAUAUUAGUCAACAUGACAUUCACUCUGGAGAAAUGACUGUGAGAGAGACAUUAGAUUUUUCGACGCGGUGUCUAGGGGUUGGCACAAGGUAUGAAAUGUUGACAGAACUAUCAAGAAGGGAGAGAGAAGCAGGAAUUAAGCCAGACCCUGAAAUUGAUGCAUUCAUGAAAGCUAUAGCAUUGUCAGGCCAAAGAUCCAGUUUGGUAACUGAUUAUGCUCUCAAGGUACUUGGGUUGGAUAUAUGUGCUGAUGUAAUGAUUGGUGAUGAAAUGAGAAGGGGUAUCUCUGGUGGACAGAAGAAGAGAGUAACAACAGGUGAGAUGCUGGUAGGACCUGCGAAGGCACUCUUCAUGGAUGAAAUAUCAACAGGAUUGGACAGUUCCACCACCUUCCAGAUAUGCAAGUUCAUGAGACAAAUGGUUCAUAUCAUGGAUGUAACCAUGGUGAUUUCUCUUUUACAGCCAGCACCAGAGACAUUUGAACUCUUCGACGACAUUAUCCUGCUUUCAGAAGGUCAAAUUGUAUACCAAGGUCCACGAGAGAACGUGCUAGAGUUUUUUGAGUACAUGGGUUUCAAGUGUCCUGAAAGAAAAGGAGCUGCUGACUUUCUACAAGAAGUAACAUCCAAGAAAGACCAGGAACAAUAUUGGUUUAGAAAAGAUGAGCCUUAUAGAUAUGUUUCAGUUCCUGAAUUUGUACAGUCCUUUCAUUCGUUUCACAUUGGAGAGCAACUUGUGACAGAGCUUGGAGUUCCCUAUGAUAAGAGCCAAACACACCCAGCUGCAUUAGUUAAAGACAAGUACGGUAUAUCAAACUGGGAACUAUUUAAGGCAUGCUUUUCAAGAGAGUUGCUGCUUAUGAAGCGUAGUUCUUUUGUUUAUAUAUUCAAAACAACACAGGUUACAAUCAUGUCUAUCAUUACUUUAACUGUGUUCUUUAGAACAAAAAUGACACCGGGAACUGUUCAAGGCGGACAAAAGUUUUAUGGAGCAUUGUUCUUUACUCUAAUAAAUAUGAUGUUUAAUGGGAUGGCAGAACUAGCCAUGACUGUUUUUAGGCUUCCUGUCUUCUACAAACAAAGGGAUUUCAUGUUCUACCCUGCGUGGGCAUUUGGGCUACCUAUAUGGAUUCUAAGGAUUCCUCUCUCCCUUGUGGAAUCAGGGAUAUGGAUUGUCCUUACAUAUUAUACAAUUGGGUAUGCUCCUUCUGCAAGCAGAUUUUUCCGACAAUUCUUGGCAUUAUUUGGCAUUCAUCAGAUGGCUCUCUCUCUCUUUCGGUUCAUUGCUGCAGCUGGCAGAACACUAGUGGUUGCUAAUUCAGUGGGUACCUUGUCAUUGCAAGUGGUAUUUGUGCUAGGAGGUUUUAUUGUUGCCAAAGAUGCAAUUGAGCCAUGGAUGAUAUGGGGCUACUAUAUAUCUCCUAUAAUGUAUGGCCAGAAUGCCAUAGCAAUGAAUGAAUUCUUAGAUAAAAGAUGGAGUGAACCAAAUACAGACUCUAGAAUUGAUGCACCUACAAUUGGAAAAGUACUUCUCAAAUCUAGAGGCUUAUAUACAGAAGACUAUUGGUAUUGGAUCUGCAUUGGAGCCUUGUUUGGGUUUGCUCUUCUUUUUAACCUUUUGUUCAUUGCUGCAUUGACUUAUCUGAAUCCUUUUGGAGAUUCAAAAGCGGUUAUUGCGGAUGGAGGUGACAAGAAGAAUAAAAGUUCAUCCUCUAGCCAGCAUAUCCUUGAAGGUUCAGACAUUGAAUUGAAGAGUUCUUCAGAAAUUACUGGUUCUUCGAACCAAGAACCGAGAAGAGGAAUGGUGCUACCGUUUCAACCUCUUUCAAUGACAUUCAAUCAUAUUAGCUACUAUGUAGACAUGCCAGCAGAAAUGAGGAAUCAAGGAAUCAAUAAAGAUCGACUUCAAUUACUACAAGAUGUAAGUGGCGCUUUUAGACCAGGCAUAUUGACAGCACUUGUUGGUGUUAGUGGUGCUGGGAAGACAACCCUCAUGGAUGUAUUAGCAGGAAGGAAAACAAAUGGGUAUAUUGAAGGAAGUAUCAGCAUCUCAGGUUACCCAAAGAACCAAGAAACAUUUGCUCGAGUUAGCGGUUACUGCGAACAGAAUGACAUUCAUUCUCCACAUGUUACUGUCUAUGAAUCACUAUUAUUUUCAGCAUGGCUUCGCCUUCCUUCGGAAGUAAAGACACAAACACGAAAGAUGUUUGUUGAAGAAGUUAUGGAAUUGGUUGAACUUAAACCAAUUAGAGAUGCUAUAGUGGGACUUCCAGGUGUGGAUGGUUUAUCAACAGAACAGAGGAAAAGACUUACUAUUGCUGUGGAGCUCGUUACCAACCCUUCAAUCAUCUUCAUGGAUGAACCAACUUCAGGUCUUGAUGCCAGAGCUGCUGCUAUUGUUAUGCGAACUGUGAGAAACACUGUAGACACGGGGAGAACCGUUGUAUGCACAAUUCACCAACCAAGCAUAGACAUUUUUGAAGCUUUUGAUGAGUUAAUGUUGAUGAAAAGAGGAGGACAAGUUAUUUAUGCCGGACCUCUUGGUCGCCACUCACAUAAGCUCGUAGAAUAUUUCGAAGCUAUCCCAGGGGUUUCAAAAAUAAAGGAUGGUUAUAAUCCAGCAACAUGGAUGCUUGAAAUCAGCUCUCCUUCAGUUGAGACUCAACUAAAUGUAGAUUUUGCAGAGAUUUAUGCUAAAUCUAACCUUUACCAGAGUUAUCAAGAACUUAUAGCGGAGCUUAGUGUUCCAGCACCAGAUUCAAAGGACUUGUACUUCCAAACCAAACAUUCCCAAUCAUUUUUUGUUCAGUUCAAAGCUAACUUCUGGAAACAAUACUGGUCCUAUUGGAGAAAUCCUCAAUAUACUGCGGUCCGAUUUAUCAUGACAACGCUCAUGGGAGUAUUGUUUGGUCUUAUAUUCUGGGAUCAGGCUCAAAAGAUCCACAAACAACAAGAUUUAUUGAAUCUUUCGGGAGCCAUGUAUUCUGCUGUGCUUUUUCUUGGAGCAACGAAUGCCAUGGGAGUGCAACCUGUUGUUUCCAUUGAAAGAACUGUCUUCUAUCGUGAAAGAGCGGCAGGGAUGUAUUCUGCAUUGCCCUAUGCAUUUGGCCAGAUGGCAGUGGAGGCAUUUUAUAUUGCAAUUCAAACAGGCGUUUACUCUCUUAUCCUUUACUCCAUGAUUGGUUUUGAUUGGAAGGCAGUGAACUUCUUCUGGUUCUACUUCUUUAUACUAUUGAGUUUUAUGUACUGCACGUUUUAUGGGAUGCUGCUUGUUGCACUAACACCUGGUCACCAAGUUGCUGGCAUUUGUAUGUCCUUCUUCUUCAGCUUUUGGAACUUGUUCUCUGGGUUUAUCAUUCCUAGGACACAAAUCCCUAUAUGGUGGAGAUGGUACUAUUGGGCUUCUCCUGUUGCAUGGUCACUGAAUGGCCUUAUUACCUCACAACUGGGUAACAAAGAUGCUGAAGUGGUGAUACCAGGAGAUGGAAGCAUGACAGUGAAGCAAUUCCUUAAAGAGAACUUGGGUUAUCAUUAUGACUUCCUUCCAGCUAUUGCUGCUGCUCAUGUAGGCUGGGUUCUCCUAUUCGGGUGUGGCUUUGCAUUUGGCAUCAAAUUCCUAAACUACCAAAAGAGAUAGUUCAAACAAAACCAUAUCAGUUUUAGAAUUACAAGCAUAACAUUUUCUUUUCCUUUAUUUUAUUGGUACAGCAGUUCAUGCCCUCAAUAUAUGAGUAGAUAGAGAUGGGGAUAAUACAUGUAUCUCCUUCAUAUGAGUAGAAAUUGGAAUUACAUGUAUGAUCUCCUUCAUUUCCUUUCGGUUGCUACGCAUUGAGCGAGUCCAACCAAUGGGAAAUAUAUAUGAGUAGAUAACAACUUUGAUUUAUUCGCACCCAAUUUUUUUUCA